AUUACAAAUAUGAGUAUAUUUGAAUGACAUAUCAUUAUCUGCAACUAAUAUGUUUUCGUGGUCUUUUAUCAUCAAUAGUAAAUUCAUGUAGUUUCCACAUUUCCAGUCUAAAUUACAGCAAGUGGAAUACAUGGUUAUUUUUGAUGAUAAAUUUAGAUGGAUAUUCUUGUGUUGUGCAAUCUUGUACCUCUUGAUACAUAGUUUGAAAUCUUUUGAACUCAAUGAUGAAAAUAUUCCUCUGCAUUUUACAUCGGAGAGCUCGUACUUAAUUGUUCCAGAAGGGGAGCAGGUUUUACUUCCUUGCAAAACAAAUGUUUUCUCUGAAGCAUUAAUAUCUUGGUACAAAGAUGACAUCAGAAUAGCUGAAAAUCUUACUUUUUCUUUUCGUCUCCGGUCAGCUUAUCGUGAAGAUGCUGGAUAUUAUCACUGUGUAGUAAAAACUACUUAUGGGGGGAUCCGUAGCCGGAAAGUCAAAUUAGAGAUCGGUUAUCUUGAUCCACCAUCUAAAACCAAGGCGCGUUCAUUUAUUGAAGUAACUCUAGAUCAAGCUGUUAUAAUUUGGCCUGGUUCACUACAUCAAGAUAAACGAAAGCAGCCAUUUCAACUGGAAAGACGAAAUGGAUUGUGGAAAUCAGUAUUCAACCCAGCAAACAAAACAAACAAAGCUUUAUCUCCUUCAUAUUAUUUACAAGCAGUACCGUUCCCACAAGCUAUAUGGACUAUAAACAGUGCCCCAAUACCUAGUACAUUGAAUAUUUUUGUUAGUCAGUUGGAACAAGCUAUAGUAUUGCUUAAUAUUGAUAAAGAAAUGGAUUCAAAAGUGAUUAGAGCACGAUUGAUCAAUGGCUACGGAAGAGCAAAUAGUGAAGUAUUCAGUCAGACACAUAUAAUCCAAGUUAAAGAUCCACCUGAAAAUAUGGCCACCAAUUCUUUAGAUCUUGUCUUACCUCCAAAAGAUGUGUCACUUACUUUAAAAGAUGACCAACCAGGAACAGCCGUCUUUGAAUGUGUAUUUAAUGCAAGACCUGCUCAUGCACUAAGAGUUCAAUGGUUUAAAAGUACACUGAAUGGUAAACAUGAGCUUAUCAAUCCAUCAAAUGUUAUUUCAUCACCAACAAAACUGUCAACCAAUCAUAAUUCAAACAUUAAUAAUCAAAUUAUUUAUAAAUUUGAUACGUCAGGUCUCAAUAGAACACUAAUUAUUAGCAAUAUAUUACCGAGUGUAAUACCUUCUGAUUAUUUUCAACAAAUCAAUCAAAAAGGUAUUUAUUCUGAAGAAUAUACAUGUCAUGCUUAUUUAAAUGACUACAUUAAUAAUAAUGUAUUUGAUAUGAAUAAAUUCAUAUUAGAUGAUUCUCAGUUUACUACAUCAGUAUUAUCCUCCUCUUCAUCAUCAUCUACAAAUUCUGCAAUUCAUUUAUAUCAACGUAUUAGUCCCAUAUCAACUACAGCUAGAUUAAAAUUAUAUCUACCGCCAAAAAUUAAAUUCCCACCAAAUUUGAUUGUGAAUAGUUUAACAAGUCAAUCGGAAAUUUCACCGAAAUAUAAUAAAUUAGUGAUAAUUGAAACAAGUGCCAGUAUGACUAUUCAGUUACCAUGUGAACUAGACUAUUUUGGCAUACCGAAAGCUGAAAUUAAAUGGUUAAGAAAUGGUGAUUCAAUUGAUACACAUAAACAAGAAUAUUACCAGAUUCAUACCAAUCAUACUUUAAUCAUUAAAAAUUUGAAGUUAACCGAUGCUGGUAUUUUUCAAUGUUACGCAUACAAUGAUGUUGGUGAAGAUUUCCUAAAUAUUUGGUUAAAAGUAACGUCGUUCGCUCCAAGAUUAUGCAACUCAGAAAUAAUUAUGGAGAAUAUUACUGUAUUGAAAGAAUCAACAACAGUUCUGACUUGUCCUAUUCAUGGAGCACCAACACCUGAAUUUAAAUGGUAUAAAGAAACCAGUGAAAAUGAAUGGACACCAAUUUAUCAAUUACAUCAAAAGUAUAAAAAUUCUAAUUAUUCUUCGACUUUCAAUAGAAAGCAAUAUUUAAUCAAAGAGGAUGAUGUGAAUGUAAUGUUAGUUGAUGAUAAACUAAAAUCUAUACAACCAGUAUCUAAUUCAUGUGUACCGAUCGGUUUAAAUGAAUUGGAGAUUUACCAUGUUGAUUAUAAAUCAACUGGUCUGUAUAAAUGUGAAGCAGUGAAUUAUUUAGGGAAUCAAUCAGCUUUUAUUUAUGUCAGUGUUUAUGCUCGUACCAUACCUGUUCACUAUUUACCAAGUUCAAUAACAGCUUUUGCUAAUCAAAGCUUAUCAAUAAUGUGUUCAUUUUACAUUGAUCAAAAUACACUUGCUGAGAUUAAUUGGUUUCAUGGAAGGAAAGGAUCUAUUCUUUCAGGUGAAAAAUAUAAGAAACAUAAUAAUACCAUGAUGACUGAUGAAACUAUCAAAGAGAAUACAAAAGUAAUUACAAAUUACAAUCUUGUCAAGUCUGUACCAAUAGAUCCAGUUAUCACUUAUUUCUCACGUGAUAUUCCACCAAAACACAAACCGCCGAUAGGAUUAAAAGAGUAUGGUUCUAUUUUACACGUUAACAGUGUUGAUGUAUUACAUCAAGGAUUCUACGUUUGUGAAAUCCUAUCACUUGGUGGUAAUUACACUCUUAAAACUGAAUUAAAAGUUGUUUCGCUCCCGACAGCACCGACUGAUCUGUCUGUUACCAAUGGAUUUGAAAAUAGUAACUAUGAUAAUAAUAACAAUGAUAUUCAUGACAUCGGAGUUCAACUGUCAUGGAAACAGCCACAAGCAAAACAUCAGCUGAAAAUAACUCAUUAUGCAAUUUUUAUUCAUAAAUUACCCAAUCAACAUAGUUUGGGAAAACAAAGUAAAUUAAAAUUUGAUUUCGUAACAAUAUCAAUAAUAAUAAUAAUAAUCAUUUUUUAUGAUCAGUGUAGCAUAGACACUGACAUAUAACUGAUUAUACCAAAUAAAUGAAUUGGAAUUUUU